AUGGAUGUCGACCCCCCUUUCUUCCAAAAGGAGAGCGAUUCCUCCAACGAAGACCAGGCGAAACCAACUAGCAGUUAUCCUCAACACCUGCUAAAGCCUCCCGUCACUGGUAACCUUAAGCCUAGCGCUACACACAGCAGCAGUGCCGACGACUACCGGAGCGUUAUCGACGACUUGACCAUUGAGAUCAAGAAACUCAAGGAUGAAUUGAAGCGACACAAGCAGAACGGACCUCAGAUGAUGAAGAGGGAUAAGCUGUUCGAGAUCAAGGUACACGGAUUGCCUAAGCGAAAGAAGAGGGAACUCGAGAGCACCCUUCGCGAAUUUGCGGCCGGUUUAGAGAGCAGCACACCGAGUGCUGAGGCCUCUUCAGCGCGGAAGAAGUCACGGCACACCACCCGACUCGAUUCCGGAUCCGGAUCUAUGUCAAAGCACGCAUCGUCAUCUUCCGGUUCGCAUUCUCGACCAGUUGAUUCUGCCUACGCAUCCAUGUCAACGGGCGCCAACUCAUCAGGCACAUCUCUUGCAAGACCAUCGAUUAGCUCCAGGGCGAGAUCAUCGGAACAGAAGGUCCAGAAUUACUUGAAGGACAUUCCAGAGGGGCUGUACCCGCGCCACAUGGUUAUGACGGAUAAGGACAAGAAGAAGCUCAUUGUGCGACGACUGGAGCAAAUUUUCACAGGGCGGAUUGCUGGGAGAAACCUCACCCGCUCCCAACCCAAGUCUGCGGCAAACAUUGCACAAAUGGCGCCCAUCAUGGUGGAACCUGCGACUGGUCACACAACUACCAACCACGGUCCUACUAACUCACUAACGACCAUGAAUGAGCCUUCCCGAGAGGCUCGCAUUCUCGCAUCUGAGGAGAAGAGAGGCCAAUCCAAGGACAACAAUUCAGCCACAAACUCGAAUGAGCAACCUGAAAAUUCGAAUGACCAGCCUGAUUCAGGAGGCAACUCGGCUGUCACGCAAAAUAGCACAUCGCCGCCCAAUGCCCCGCCUCCGGAGCAGCGACCCACUCGGCCACGGGAUUUGGAUCCCGACCGUCUACAAAACCCGACUGAGAACAUGGACUACAUCCGUCACUUGGGCCUCGCGCCCCCGCAUUUGACAGGUCUCGCAACCUACGACGACGUUUCUCCCGACGCUGACGGUUGGGUCUACCUAAAUUUGCUUUGCAACAUGGCUCAACUUCAUAUGCUCAAUGUUGCGCCGGACUACAUUCGCAGCGCCGUGUCGGAGAGGAGCACAAAAUUUCAGCUAUCGCCAGACGGCCGGAAGAUCCGCUGGCGUGGAGGCACAGAGGGAACUAGGUUUAGCAGUGACAGUUCUGGAGACACGUCUCAGAUGAGUCGCUCGGACGAAUCAGAAGAGGCCGAGGCGGAUGGCCAGAGAAAGAAGCGCAAGGUCACUCAAUCCAAGAGCGGCCACUACUCAGCUUCGUCAGGCAAGCACACCUCAGACCAGUCCAAGCUGGGUCAGCAAGUUUCCUCGGCCGAUGGUUUCCACUACAAGCCCAUGUUUCUGCACCAGUCGUCCUCUGCAGAGCAGACCUCUAUUGACGACACCGGAUCUUCAUUCGGAGCUGGCGGUGAGGACAGUAACAACGGCGAAUCGCGCUGGGGAAACAGCGGAUCUGGUUCAUUGCGACGAAAGCGGAAGCGUUUGGACGGUGCGAUCAUUUACUACAGUGGCGCGCCUUUCUGCACGGACCUGUCCGGCGAUCCAGGCGAUGCAUCUCCAUCUUCUUACAUCACAUCGACUGGCCAAGAACAACAGCAGUCUACCAGUACCGGAUUUCUCAGACCCGAACCCCCCCACCGUACUGCCUCAGGCUCUGCGCUCCCGUAUCGCCCCCUUAGCGACGGAAGGCAUGUUCCCAGUGUAGCCGUGACCACCGAGGAGACGGACUCUGACGAAAUGAGCGUGGAAAUCGAGGCCGACUUUCCCUGGUCGGACGCAACCCAGCAUACUCCUGAGAGCACUUUGGAUGCAUGUGGUAUGGGCGGCGUUGUUCCGGAUGACCACUUCAUGGUUGUUGCAACAACCAAGCGCGCAAAGAAAGACACGCCUGCAACUUCAUGCAAACUCCGACCGGAAGAUGUCCCCGUCUUGGUGCAGAGAAUUACAUCACCGUUGAACUCUUCAUCAGAUGAGAAACCGCUUCAGCCGCAAACCACGAAGGCCCUGCCCAGAAGCCACAUUCACUACACCGCAAGAGUUAUCAAGAAGUUGAACCCUGCGCCACUCCCCCCUCCGGGAAUGUUCUUCGCCUUUGACAGUGACUCGGAUGAUUCGGAGUCAUCCGACCUCGACUCCGACAUGGACGCCGAGUCCAGACCUCCCACCGGUAAUCGUGUAUUCCCGCACAACUUCGAGAACACUUACCCUGAGGAUGAGGAAAUGACCAGUGGUGACGAGGAGGGGGAGGAGCCAGACGAUGGGGAUGAGCCCAGCGAGGAAGCUGAGGAUGACAGUAGCGAGGAGAUCAAGAUUCCGAUUCAAAGAGACGCUCGCCGCACCAGCAGCAGCAGCGCAGUCGCCGCUGCCGGUACUGUGCGAGGUCGAAGCAAAAGUUUGAGCGCUGAGCUCCCAGCCGCAACGGGAAGCUCUGUUGCUACAGCUGGUGGAGCUGAGAGCGGCUACAGCAGUGGUCGCGAGGAGAGUGGUUGA